CGGUUGAAGUGGGCGAGAUGUGUCGUUUAUUUUUAUCACCCCUUCUAUGGACCUAAACAAGACGUGCAUGCAAGUGUUAUGAUUCUCACACCUAUAAAUACUGAUGGGGCCAAUAUACACGUCCACCUUGGCUGGGAUCACCGUCGCCGCCGUGUGUCGUCACUCGAACGAACGCGACCGUGAUAAACAUCCGGAAUCGGUUUAGAGUCUUAUACUUAUAUAAUAAUAUUAUAUUAUAAUAUAGCCUUUACCGAAAAUAUAACUUCUUCGCGAUAUACUAAAUUACUAACCAUCAUAACGAUAAAAUAUCACGGUGGAAUUUGUCAUAUCAGCUGUCAACGAUGAACGAACUACGAACUACGGUGAAGUGAUGUGACUAAUCCGGAUUUGUAAUUUACGUAGUUUUUUUUUUUUUAUCGCGUCACGAGUAAUAAUAAAAUCUAUUAUACAUUUUCCAAAAAGUCCUUUGGUCAUCGUUUUGCAGAUUUAAUAAUAUUAUUUUUGUAGCGUUAUCAGUCCACGCUGAAAGUUAAGUGAUGAUGAACACCGCCGUUCGGUGGGUGUUAUUCGACCACGCACGCCGCUCGCGAACCGAAUUCCGCUAAGUAUGUUACAAUAUUAUUAUAUUAUUAUUAUUUUCUGACGAAUAGUUUAUACGACGAACGCGACAGUCACACGCGGCACUCAUCGCGGUGAAGACCGACGCCACGAAACGAACGUAUGAUAAUACAUAACAAUAUUAUUAUUUUUAUCGAACCACGAGACACACACACACACACGUGACAAUUGAAAUUGUGACGAUUUUAAUAUUAUAUAUUAUUAUAAUACGUCGUGCUUAUAGGAUAUAGACACCUGUUGAGUAGGUACCUAUACUUACAUAAGAUUUGCGAGAGCGUCUCUCUCAAACGGAGUAAAAAAAAAAUCACGUCUAUGAUAGGUGCCUAUAAUAUUAUAUAAUAUACCUAAUAUACUAUACCUUGUGCAUUUACGAUAUCAUAGUUUUAAUACUUGCGCGUACGUAUAUAAUUAUGAUAAUUAAUUAAUAGGUAAUAAUAACAAAGUAUAGCGACAUAUUUACAUAAUAUUUGAUAUUAUAUACGCAGGACGUGGUAAUAACACAUUUAAUAAUAAUAAUAUAAUAACCGAGUGCGCCGUUCUCUCGCAUUAUCGUAGCAUUAAUUCGUGUGAGUAAUAUUAUAACAUUCACAGAUCGAUCGUGUAUAAUAUACCAUUAAUACAAUAAUACCUACACUCGUAGUCGCAAUCAGCUUCCGGACUCGCGAUUGUUUAUCGCUACCGAGGCAUCGGCCGGUAUGGGCACACACGCACCGCCGGACCAGGCGUAUCAGUCGCGUCCGAUAGGUCGUUCAGGUGGUACCUAGCAAUAUAAUAUUAUUAUAACCGCCACGGGCGCAUCAUGCCACCGCCGCCGCCGCCGCCGUCUUCCGAGUGAUAUAAUAAUAUAAUAUCAUGUGAAAUAAUAUUAUAUUUCCGACUCGCCGUCCGGCCGAUAUUAUCAUAUUAUUAUACCCGUCGCAGUCCUACUACGUCUGCACUGACCUACUACACACACCGGAUUAUUUGAUUUACGGAAAUAUGACCAACGAAACGACGGCGAGCUGCAGAGGUCCGGCGGCCGGAGACCCGAAAUCUGAACCCGACGAGUCGUCGUACAUGCUCCGGGACAAAAGACCGUCAACGUCGAUUCGCCGCGACCAACAUCACCAAAAUUCGCGACAGGAACGUCAACACCGGACGUUCGACGACAGCUGGGCCUGGUACGUUGUGGGCGGGUGCGCGUUCGCCAACUUCCUGUUGCCCGGCAUGCUGAGAUCAUUCGGUCCAGACGUCCUGAACGGGUUCGUCGAGGUACACGAGCUCGAGUUCUCGAACCGGUCCGUUGUCGGUUGCCGGUGGAUACCGGCCACGUUCAACCUGACGUUUUUCAUAUCGGGGUCGCUGUCAUGUCUACUGUGUAAAUUGAUUUCACACCGAGCCGUAACGUUCUGGGGUGGACUUUUGGCUUCCGCCGGUAUGAUGUACAGUUCGUUCGCCAACUCCAUAUCGCACCUGUACAUAAGCUACGGCUUGAUGGUGGGAUUUGGCGCGGGCUUGUGCUACUCGGCAGGAAUACUGAUCGUCAACGAGUAUUUCGACAAGCGCCGAGGACUGGCCAACGGGUUUUCGCUGGCAGGCACCGCCAUCGGUGCUCUCGCCAUGCCGCCGUACCUCGAGUUCUUGACCUUUUCAUACGGCUACAGAGGCGGCAUUCUGAUCGUGUCCGGAAUGAUAUUGAACACACUGGCGUGCUCGUUGACCUACAUACCCGCGGUUGUUGAUGCGGACAGGGUUCAACAGGACGAGGUGACCUACACGAGGCCGAUCGCUUCGUCGACGCCAACGCCGACAUCGAUCAACGCGAGAGCAGUCGCGACGACGGCGUUUAAGGCAGCCACGGACCUGUACUACGCUGCGGUAGUUUCGUCACCGUCGCCGCCGCUGUUGAAAUCCCAAACCACGGCGGCGGCGGUGUCUUCAACGGACGACGAAGACAAUGACGACGACGAAGACGAUGACGACGACGACUGCAAACGCUUGAAAAACACCCGUUGGUGGUGGUGGCUGAGGUGGCGACACCCGCAGUUCGGCGCCACGCCGGCCGCUGAGUUUCUGGCCGUGUCAGUCGUCCACGCGAUCAGCCACUUGGCGUACGCCACUGCCGCGCCUGCGCGUGCCUCCGCCCUACAGCUGGCCGCGGCCGAGGCGGCCGGUCGUUUUCUUGCACCCACCGCUUCAGACCUGCUUUCGCCCGGCGGUUCGGCGUCAAUUUACCUGUACGCCGCGGUGGUGGCCGUCGGCGGCACCGUCCUACUGACCGGCGCCGCCACCGCCGAAUCAAAUGCCGACCCGUUCCAGUGGCCACUGCGAUCGGCAGUGCACGCGCAAUGGUCGGCGUCCCUGGUCAUGGCCUUCGGAAUGGCAUCCGGUGCCGCCGUCGGGCUCGAACCGCUGGUUGCGGUCCGAGCGCUAGGCCGCGAACAACUCGCCGCCUCCUGUUCCGCCACGUUACUCGGAAAAGGCGCCGCUCAACUGGCCGUCGACCUGUUCCUGCGCCAGUCGUUGCCCAGCCGUGGUGGACACUGGCCACCGAUCUCACCGUGCGUGUUUUACACGCUCGGAUCCAUUCUUGUGGCCACCGCCGCUGCUUGGACGGCUGCGUUCCUUGUCAAGCGUCACUACACCUCCAAGACCGGGUGCAACCGGUACGUGAGAACCGCUUGACUACAGCAGCCACCGGUGGCAAAACAAUCAUCCUACUAUAUUGUAUAGGUAAUAACCGGAGUACCAGACGAGAAUUGAAACACUUUGGGAUCGGUUUUCAACUUAAGCUUUCAAAAAAUCAAAAUAAUACCCAUUCGUCAUUACUCGUUUCUCGUUGUCCUGAAAAGUGUCAAAAACUAUUUAAUAUUUUUAAAAUUUAAAAAACUUUAGCAGCGAUUAAUGUUUGAAGUUCUUGUAAUUUUCAUAACUCGUUUAAGAGUAAAAUUAACAUUAUUUUGUAUAUAAUAUAAUAUAUAUAGGUACCUAUUAUAGUAAGACGAGAAAAUUUAAUACAAUCGAGGGCCUCAACAAAACACUACAGUACUCCAGUAUCAAGUCGGUUAAUAGCACUUAAGUGUUAAACCAGAACAAUUGUAAAAAGUUACAAAUCAUUAUUCCUGUUUGUGAUGAAUAUAGUUGGUUAUCUACUAUA